GCUAUUCCAAGAAUUUAGGCCAAAGACAGCAGUCGCAACCAGUUUCCAGCGCUCAAACAUGUUCGCCUUAACGAUCCUACUCGUCACACUAACUCUUGCCGGAGUUACUCCCACGGACCUUCCGGACGUCCAGUGCCACCCAACGGAUACGCACUUUGUGGACGACCCACGGGCGUGCAACAAGUACUUCACCUGCUACCGUGGAGAACCGAUCUCGCAGUUGUGCCCACCAGGAUUCCGGUUCGUGGAGUCCAUGCAGGCCUGCUACGAGGCCAGCGUUGAGCAGUGUUUUCCCUGUCCGGAGCAGGGAUUGCAUUUUUUCGCUCAUCCCAAGUCCUGCGGGAAGUACGUGAUGUGUCAUACGGGAGUACCCACCGAGAAGGUGUGCUCCGAAGGGAUGUUGUUCAAUCCGGCCGUUGGGCAGUGUGAUUUGGAGGAGAGGGUCACUUGUGAAGUGUAGUGA